AUGGCUACCACCUCUCUAGUCGUGGUGGCGCUCGCCGUUGGUCUGUUGACACUGAUCUGUGUGAGCAUCAGGAAUAAAAGCAAAAAGGAGGGGAAGGUUCUGCUCAAGCUCCCCCUCAUCGGCGACCUCCAUACCUCGCCUAUCGACAAGCCGCUGGCAAACUGGGAUAUAUGGGUUACGCAAAAUGGCCCCAUCGCGGUGCCCAAGCUGUUUGGAAUCGUACCUAUUGUCGUGCUCAACUCGUACGAGGCCGUGACGGAAUUGUUCAGCCGCCGCAGCCAGUGGUAUAGCAACCGUCCGGCCUCGGUCAGCAUGGAGAUGAUCACCGGUGCCGAGCCGGGCCAGUCGCGAUUCACCUUGAUGCACGACUACGACGAUCACCUGAAGCUGCAUCACCGGAUUCUCGCUCCCAGCCUGGGCGCGGUCGCUGCUCCACAGUAUCAGUCCUUGAUGGAACUGGAGUCCAAACAGCUGCUGUUCGACCUCUCCAACGCGGUGCGACAGAGCCAGGACGACAGCAGCAUGAUCAGCACCGAUACCACCUACUGCCUCCUGGAGCGCACCCAGUCGAGCGUCAUCCUAGGGCUGCAUUACGGCCUGCGCAUUCCACGAUUCGAGGGGGAGCCCAUUCUGCACGAGAUCAUCGAUAUCCAGACACAGGUGACCCAUCUCGCCGCCAACCCCGGCCUGCCCGAUCUCGUUCCGCCGCUGCGACAUCUGCCUUCCUUCCUGUCGCCCUGGAAGCGCGCCGCAGACCGGCUGUUCGCCACCCAGGUCGACCUCUACAUGCGUUUGUUCCAACAUGGGCGGGACUCAGCAGGCUGGAAUGCCACGAAGCAGGCCAUUGCCACCACAGAGAAGUACACCCAGGCUGCCUCCCCGGUUGCAGUUGCGGACCUUGAUCUUGCCUUCACCCUGGCUACUUCCAUCCAGGGCGGUAUGGAGACCUCCCCGCGCCAGCUGCUGUGGCUGUUCAUUGCAGCGCUGUACCAACCCUCCUUUGUAGCCCGAGCACACGCCGUCCUCGACGAGGUGGUCGGACGCGAUUGCCUCCCGCGCUUCUCAGAUCGCUCGAGGCUCACGUUCAUUGAUGCCGUGGCCCACGAGCUGUUCCGGUGGCGGCCCAUUUCGCCAGGGUCCAUUCCUCGGCGGGCAGACCAGGAUGACGAGUUUAAGGGUGUUAAGGUCGGCAAGGGGGUCACAGUCAUGGCAAAUGCAUGGGCUAUCGGUCGAGAUGAAGCAGUGUUUGAUCCCGCGCUGGGAGACCUACAGGACUUCAUACCUGAACGGUGGCUACAGCAGGGUGAUGGCGACGCUGGGGAGGAGGCCAAACUGCGUACCGACCUUCCACUGCCAGUCUUUGGACAGGGUCGACGGAUCUGCCAGGGCAAGAGAGUCGCCACUGAUGGGACCUUUAUGCAGGUUGCCAGUUUGCUGUGGGCAUUUGAUUUCGAGCUGAUAGACGGUGAAGUAUUGGAUCCGUGGGAGAUGGUCGUGGUGGGAUUCAUGACGAUGCCGAGGGAGCGGAAAUUCAGGCUUAAGCCGAGAGGGGACUGGGUGCUGGAGGCUGUUCAGAGAGAGUGGGAGGCAGCAGACAAGAGUCUUGACAAGGUGAUGGGGACAGCGAAGGAUGUUGAGAAGUAGAUUCUGCAGUCCCAGCCUUAGUAUUUGGGAACUAUAACUGUUGACUAACGGCAAAUGUCUGCCAACGACCACCAAUAGUGGCAGUCAACGGCAGAUGACUGAUAUUGACAGAUAGCAACUGAGACCAAUGGAUAACGACCGCUGACGACGGGAGAGCGCAUUUGAUGAUGAU